AUGUACAAGGAGACCACUAUGACACCCAUACAUGGGUAUACUCUGCCGGUUCCCUUGACAAAUGGUGGGUAUGCGUCGAUGCUGUCCGUCAUCAGGGCUCUUGGGCGGCUUGAUCAAACAAGCGAACGUGUCUUUGGUAACAUUGAACAGGCUGUUGAGCGGUCACGCGAAACACUGGAGCAACUUCAGGGACGCAUCGCGGUUUGUGCUGAUCAAGUCGAGCAGCUUCAAGGACGUAGGGAGGCGAUGGUGGUGAAGAGUAGGGUUCGAUUUCCAAAACAAAAACACUACACGCUUCCAAUAGGGCGCGCACCGUGUGAGGAUCGAGGCUGUGUGCCAGAAAGGGCGUAUGUCAUGCCAGCAAUCAUUCAAGCAGAUGAUUCGGGUGCAUCACCAGUGGUGGGCAGUAGCGGGGGCGAUAGCGGCAACGGCUCCGACCCAUGGCAGCUUGGAGGCCAGGAAGGGGAGGAUGCAUAUCCGAAGCCCGUCCGUCGCCUUGAUUGCCCUGGAGCAGAGCAGCGGUUAAUGAAACCGCAGCAUCCAUUGCAGGAGGCAACAGUUAAGAGCUUAAUGCCGCUUGGUGCGACGUGGCGCUAUCAUAGUGGUGUGGAUCGCGGCCUUGGGAGACUACCGGCACAUCUCAUGAGCGUCAGCUCGCUAUUAUUAUUUAAUACUAGGGAGAACCUCUACAAAGAGUACCAUGAAAUGGAUGUGCUGACGCAACAGCGGCAAGAGCGUGUCGUAGCCACCAAGCAGCGACUUGGUACAUCAGAUGUGCACCGCGAUUACGUGACCCAAGCGUCGACUGAUGAAUACGCCUUCGUCCCGCUGAUGGAGGAGGUGGCGAAUCUGAUGGACGAUCUCCCAGAAAACUUGCCCCUUGAAGGCAUUGCGGAGGUUGCGUGGAAUGCCUACAGUUUGGAGGACCAGGACAACAUCGCGCCAAGCGGGCAGCGACGGCUUGGGGAAAGGGGUGAUUCAGUUGGAAGUGGCAGUGGGUCGACUCGAAAUAAAAAGAAAGGUCAGGAGGCAUUGGCGAUUACCGCAGGUCCUGAUGCAGCAGGUGGCCCGUCCUCACGUGCUCUCGUGCCAAGUGGGCUUCCACCACCACCCCCACCGCCAGGUGGAUUGCGACCACCCGGUAAAGCGCCACCACCACCCCCGCCGCCGCCACCAAUGUUUGCGGGAAAAAUGAAGGCGCCACCCCCUCCACCAAUAAAAGCGCCACCACCCAUGCCUUCAUUACCCGGAGCAGCUGCGACGAAAGGACUACCAAUUGGUAAUGCACCACCGGCUCCACCCCCGCCUCCUCCACCACCACCACCCGGGCAAGCAAAGGCACCCGCGAAGCCGGCCGCCAAAUCGGAUGUUAAACCGGCCCCUAAACCAGCAACGAAGAGCAACCUUGAUGCGCUUUCUUCUCUGCUUGCGAAUCGUCGCAAAGGGAUAUUGGGAAUGCACUCUGACGGUGAGGAUGAAGACGACGAUCAUGGCAGGCGCCCUCCCGCCUCUGGACCAUCGAAGGGUAUGGCGAUAAACAGAAACGCACCGGCACCCCCACAAAAGGGUGGAGUUCCACCACCGCCACCUCCACCACCCCCUCCGAAAGCGCCACCGCCGAAGGGACCGCCACCAAAGGUUGCGCCUCCUCCUCCUCCUCCGCCACCGCCACCACCGGCUCCCGGAAAACUUCCGCCGAAACGUAAAACCGACGAUGAUGACGAUUGGUAA